UGUGACGUAUAUCCAGCAGAUAUGUCAAUCCUGAAAUAUUCCAUCUGUCCAAUUAGUUUAGUUUCAUGCUUGGCCAUUCUUCACUUGCUCUCCAGUUGUGGAGUCAAUGCUGCUUCUGAUCAAAUGCAUGCAGCAUCAACUGCUGGAAGUGAAGGGAAAGCUCUUUUAACAUGGAAAGCCAGUCUUGACAAUUAUAGCCAAUCUAAGUUGUCAUCCUGGUCAUCUUCUGCAAAUCCUUGCAGUACCUGGUAUGGAGUUCGAUGUAACAAAGCUGGACGAGUAUCGGUGAUUAAUAUCACUAGUUCUGGCAUCAAAGGUACACUUGACCAUCUCAAUUUCUCGUCUCUGCCCCAUCUAACUACAAUUGAGCUUUCUCAAAAUGCACUCCAUGGGACCAUACCAUCCAACAUUGGGAACCUUUCUAGACUAACCUAUCUUUCCUUCUGGUUAAAUCAAUUGUCUGGUGCAAUUCCUAUUGAAAUCGGCCAACUAACCAAUCUUAGGUUCUUGUACCUUUACAAUAACUCAUUCAAUGGGUCCAUCCCAAAAGAAGUUAUGUCUCUAAAGUCUCUUGUUCAUCUCAUUUUGCAAGGAAAUGAGUUCACUGGAUCAAUCCCUACUUCUAUUGGCAAUCUGACCGACCUUUCUGUGAUGGCCCUAGGAACCAACAAAUUUUCAGGAUUCAUUCCGGAAGAGAUUGGGAAACUGAGAUCUCUUACUCAACUCUCUUUAUCUGACAACACCCUCACAGGUCCAAUUCCCCUGUCUAUAGGAAACUUAAGUGACCUGACCCUGCUGUAUCUUUUCCGAAAUUAUCUUUCUGGACCUAUUCCCAAAGAAAUUGGAAACUUGACUAAACUAAAUGAAUUAAAUCUUCGUGGGAACCAGCUAUCAGGUCCCAUUCCAGAAGAGAUUGGGAAACUCAGGUUUCUUGUUCAAUGCUCUCUUGGGGCGAAUUUGCUUAUGGGUUCCAUCCCGCAGUCUAUUGGAAACUUAGGUAACCUGACUUUCCUGUCUCUUUACGGUAAUUUUCUUUCCGGCCCCAUCCCGGAAGAAAUUGGGAACCUUUUAUCACUUGAAGAUGUUGUACUUUCUUAUAACAAUCUCACCGGUGAGAUUCCCAAGUCAAUUGAUCUCUGA